UAAGGUCACUCUCAUUCGGGAGCUGCUGCUCAGUACGCACGAGUUUCCGGUAUACCAGAGAGUAACUGCAGGAAACGAGUAGCUUUCCAAGAUGUCGCUGUCAAACAAGCUCACCCUGGACAAAGUGGAUGUCAAAGGAAAGCGUAUCGUCAUGAGGGUUGAUUUCAAUGUGCCCAUGAAGGACAAGGCCAUCACAAACAACCAGAGGAUCAAGGCCGCACUUCCAUCCAUCCAGCACUGUUUAAACAACGGAGCCAAAUCAGUGGUGCUGAUGAGCCACUUGGGUCGGCCCGAUGGCGUCCCCAUGCCUGACAAGUACUCUCUGGAGCCUGUGGCUGCGGAACUCAAGACCCUGCUGGGAAAAGAUGUUACGUUCCUGAAAGACUGCGUCGGUGCAGAAGUGGAGAGUGCCUGCGCAGAUCCUCCUGCAGGUUCCGUCAUUCUUCUGGAGAACCUGCGCUUUCACGUGGCUGAAGAGGGCAAGGGCAAAGAUGCCGCAGGAAACAAGACCAAAGCAUCCCAGGAAGAGAUCAAUGCUUUCAGGGCCUCCCUGUCCAAGCUGGGUGACGUCUACGUUAACGAUGCCUUCGGAACGGCACACAGAGCCCACAGCUCUAUGGUUGGAGUAGAUCUGCCUCAGAAAGCUGCAGGCUUCUUAAUGAAGAAGGAGCUGGACUACUUCGCCAUGGCCUUGGAGAAGCCACAGAGACCAUUCCUGGCCAUCCUUGGCGGGGCCAAAGUCAAAGAUAAGAUUCAGCUGAUCAACAACAUGCUGGACCAGGUGGACGAGAUGAUCAUCGGGGGCGGCAUGGCCUUCACCUUCCUCAAGGUCCUGAAGAACAUGGAGAUUGGCACUUCCCUGUUCGAUGAGGAAGGAUCUAAAAUCGUCAAGGACCUGAUGGCCAAAGCCGAGAAGAACGGCGUCAAGAUCACCCUUCCUGUCGACUUUGUCACUGCAGAGAAGUUUGAUGAGAAGGCCACGACAGGAACAGCUGCAGUGGCUGAAGGCAUUCCAGCAGGAUGGAUGGGUCUGGACUGUGGGCCCGAGAGCUCCAAGCUUUUUGCUGAGGCCGUAAGCAGAGCUAAGCAGAUCGUAUGGAACGGACCCGUCGGCGUAUUUGAGUGGGAUAACUUCGCCAAGGGAACCAAGAACCUCAUGGACAAAGUCGUGGAAGUGACCAAAAGUGGUUGCGUCACCAUCAUUGGUGGUGGAGACACGGCGACCUGCUGCGCCAAGUGGGACACGGAGGACAAAGUGAGCCAUGUGAGUACAGGAGGUGGAGCGAGUCUGGAACUUCUGGAGGGAAAAGUCCUGCCUGGUGUAGAUGCUCUCAGCAACGUUUAAACACCUGGCACCUCAUUCGCCAGGGCUGUGACCCUCUACCCUGAAGAAGCUCUCGCUGCACACUCAUUCAUUUCUAUCAGCGUACACGUACACGUGUACAUCUCCCGUCUCAACUCAACAAACAGUAAACAUCACUGUACUCUGCUUUAGUUUUUCAUUCCUCAUGUUCCUGUGUACUCCAUCGCUAACGUAAGGCACCAGCUACGUACGCAGUUAGCACACUGUACCCUUCCGAUCGGUUCUCCGUUAAGGAAAGCGUGAUGCUCCUGCUUCCGUGUAUUACCCGACACUUUUAGGUUCGGGUCGUUUGUCUCACCUGCUGAAGUGUUAGUGUGAUUGUGUCCUCUUUAUAUAACCUGUAACUGUAUUCAGCAUAUAAAGACGAAAAUGUGGUGUGCGACGUAACCAUAGAGGUUUUUAUUUGACGCCCGUUAACCGAUGUUAAGACUGUAUGUGAAACUGUAGACACUUUAUGUUGCACUUCUCAUCCCUAGGGCUUGUAAAAUAAACGGCCUGCUCAGAAGACACAUGCAGUCUUUUGAUGGAAUACAAAUAAAAAAAAAAUUUGGAAAGUG